AUGGCGGCUCAAUCUUCGCGUCGCACAGAAUUGAGAGACGCACUCGCUUCACCACCUCAAUCGCCUGCACAUGCAGAUCCAGAGUCGCCUAGGAAACGAACAAGACUUUCCAGAAUGACAGAAGAUUCCAAUGGGGACAUGCUCAUCGAGCAAUACCUCUAUUACAUUGAGCCAUAUCGUUCGUCAUCGUCAAUGAUCCCCUACCCAUGGCCUCUCGAGCUCGAGAAAGCACCGAUACGAUACGAAACCCUAUCAAACGAUCCUCAAUUCCGCGAGGCUCUCACACAACAGCUAAAAGUCCACAAGAUUCCCAACUUUUCGGCUUCGUUUCAUACGCAGAGUAAGCCGGGCUACGAACCCCACACACAAAGAACAGUAGCUUUGCACAUCCAAGUGAACGUUAAUCCAGACAUGCCGGAUUUCGAAUAG